AUGCCAGGCUUGGCAGAGAUAUGUAUUGGCAUGCUGUUGCUGCUUCCUCUGGCUUGGGCCAGAGUUGUCUACAGCCACAACGAAGUGUUCCUGGGACAACAGUCUGCGUCCUCGUACCUGUCUCGCUCGCUGCUCUGGAACAAAUGGGAUCUGGAGAUGGUGACGCCAGACAGCCUUGAGAGGGAGUGCAUAGAGGAGGUGUGCACCUACGAGGAGGCCAGGGAGGUGUUUGAGGACACAUCCAAAACGAAUGUAUUUUGGGACACAUAUUCCAGCAGUCACAAUACAGCUCCCAGAGUGGAUGUGUCGGGUCUAGUGGCAGGAAUCUUGGCUAUUCUAGUGUCUGCUGUCAUAGCCACGGUGCUGGGCUGCUACUGUUACAAGAACAAAGCUGGUAGGACGGCAGGCAGUGCUCCAGUGAGAAUGGUUGUGGAUGGCCAGCCUGCCCCAGAGACAGUGCCUCUGGCUGGGAUCAUCGCUCCAGGACUGCCCUCCUACGGCGAUGCCCUGACCCGCAGUGGGCAGCAUGAUGCGCCCCCGCCACCUUACUCUGGGGGGGCGCCAUCAGCACCUCCUGACCCAACUGACGAUACUGAGAUUACUGUGAAUACUGAGGACACUGAGUGA